AGAGGGCGGGGCCAGGCGCGUCGGCCAAUGGGAGGCGGUGUUGUUGGCGGCCACGGGGGCGCAGCCUCCGGAGCGAGCGAGGCCCCCGCCGCCGCCAGUGCCGCAGCCGCAGCAGGCGUGAGGAGCGGACGCGCCGCGCUCGGCCGGGUUACUAGUACAUGGUGUCAGGAGUGGGAUCUGAAGGAGCCAGCCCCUGAGGAGCGACGACCCCCAGAACCGAACGAGGGGGAAGAACUGGGCAAAGGGGUCUACCUGGCCUCCCAUCUUUACAAAACACUAGGAGAUCAAAACACUCAGAUGGCAGAUAACAGUUUUUCAGACGGUGUUCCUUCAGACGCCUUGGAGGCUGCUAAAAAUGCAAGUCACACAGAAAAGCUCACUGAUCAGGUGAUGCAGAAUCCUCAAGUUCUGGCAGCUCUACAGGAGCGGCUUGACAGUGUCUCCCACACUCCUUCCAGUUACAUCGAGACCCUGCCGAAGGCCGUCCGGAGGAGGAUCAACGCGCUGAAGCAGCUGCAGGUGCGCUGCGCCCACAUCGAAGCCAAGUUCUACGAGGAGGUGCACGACCUGGAGAGGAAGUACGCCGCCCUGUACCAGCCCCUCUUCGACAAGAGAAGGGAGUUCAUCACCGGGGACGUGGAGCCGACGGACGCCGAGUCAGAGUGGCACAGUGACAACGAAGAGGAGGAUAAGUUGGCGGGAGACAUGAAAAAUAAAGUAGUCAUAGCAGAAAAAGAAGCAGCAACAGCAGAGGAGCCAAACCCCAAAGGAAUUCCAGAGUUCUGGUUCACCAUCUUUAGAAAUGUAGAUAUGCUAAGUGAGUUAGUCCAGGAGUAUGAUGAACCGAUCUUGAAGCACCUGCAGGAUAUCAAAGUGAAGUUUUCAGACCCUGGGCAGCCUAUGUCUUUUGUAUUAGAGUUCCACUUUGAACCCAACGACUACUUCACCAAUUCAGUCCUGACAAAAACGUACAAGAUGAAGUCAGAGCCGGAUAAGGCCGACCCCUUCUCCUUUGAAGGUCCUGAAAUCGUUGAUUGUGAUGGGUGUGUUAUUGACUGGAAGAAAGGGAAAAACGUUACAGUCAAAACAAUCAAGAAAAAGCAGAAACAUAAGGGCCGAGGCACAGUGAGGACAAUUACCAAGCAAGUUCCCAACGACUCCUUUUUCAACUUCUUCAGCCCGCUGAAAGCGUCUGGAGACGGAGAGUCCCUGGACGAAGACUCGGAGUUCACAUUAGCCUCUGACUUUGAGAUCGGACACUUCUUCCGUGAGCGGAUAGUCCCGCGGGCUGUGCUCUACUUCACGGGGGAGGCCAUAGAGGACGACGACAACUUUGAAGAGGGUGAGGAAGGAGAAGAGGAGGAGUUGGAAGGUGACGAGGAGGGAGAAGAUGAGGACGACGCCGACAUUAACCCCAAGGCAGCCCCGGUGAGACUGUUCCUGGGAAGUCGGCUGAUGUUCGGUUACUGCCGUAGAAGCACGUCUGCGGUAACCGUUUGUUCAGUUAGAACGAAGAAGGAGCCCAGCCAGCCCUCGGAGUGCAAACAGCAGUGAGGAGCGAGGCCCCCCAGCCGCAGCGGCGGGACUUGGCGCGGCGGCCCCACCACCGUAUUGGCAGUGCUUUCUUCUAACUUGUUUUCAAGUGCAUGAUUUUGACUUUAACUUUCCCUUUAUCCUUAUUAUUUUGCUUAACCUGUACAGUGGCAACUUAAAUGCCUUUCAGAAAUAGGAGGUUUGAUUCCAGCACCCUCUACGGCCUUGGGUGCAGCUCAGUGGACUUUCCCAGGCCCUGCCUCCGGGAGGGCCCCAGAGACCCCCGGGGGAAAGGGGUGGCAGAAGGUGGGGCGAUGCCAAGAGCAGACGUGUGGGGGGGGUGGUUCCGGGGCCUCCAGAACCAGUCCCGCCCCUCCGCGGUCGGACUGGAUUCUUCUUCCCUCGAAGAAGCUGCGUGCUCUGUCUCCCACCUCUCGGUCUCCUGUGCUCUAGCGGGCUCAGAAGAGCUGCAUAGGGUCCUGUUCUCCGUAGAACACUCCGUCUCUGGUUCUGUGGCCCUCGGGGUGCGGCAGGGGCGGCGGUGCGCCCCAGCCCUGAGGCUCGAGUGUUUGUGGCUCAUCCUCAUAUUUAUUUAUUCUUUCCUGCUGGUGAGGGCUUGGGACGCUUGCUGUCACUUGUCCUUACACUCUCAGAAACCAUGUGUGUGACGGGUGACCUGGCGACUCGCCUGGCGGGGGUGGUGGUGGCUCCCAGGGGAGCAAGGCCUGUGGAGAAGGAACCUCGCUCUGUCCUGCCUGCGGCUGAGGGCGGGCGCUCGUUUUCAUGACAUACAGACCUCCUGGCUCUGGGGGAUGGCGGGCCUGCGCCCGCAGGUGAGGGGCCGGGCUGGGACGUGCUGCUGUCCUUCUAGUGUGUCCAUGUCAAGUCUUGCUUUCGCACAACCCCCAAUUCUUGGCCCCGUGCUCAUCUUGUUCUAAAAGCCCUGGGUUCAGAGCGACCUGUUCUUGGCUGGCGUGUGGGGUUUCUGAGUGUGCGACCAUGGUCUCUGGCAGCCGGGGACGUGUGUCCACACUGUGACCAGGUCUGUGGAGUGCUCGGCCUUACUUCUAAUAACAUUUGUAACUGAAUACGGUGUUUUCAGUUUGUACAGAAUAGUUAGAAUAUUCUAUUAAAGUUGUGAAACAUGGA